UCCGUUCAUUCUCCAACAUCACCAUCCGCCACAGCGCAGCUCGCCCUGAUCAAGAUCACCUGACCAGCAAGACAUUUCUUCUUCUUCCUCCUCCUCUGUUUCACCGGCUAGCCAUCCAUGAACACCGCCAGCUCCAGUUCCGCCGCGCUGAGGUGCGCGGGCAAGCCUGCUGGCUUCGGCGCCGGCUUUGGCCGGAGGAGCGGACACUGCAACUGCAGGGUGAAGGCGGCGGCGGCCGCGAGCGCGGGUGUCCGCUCGCCGAGCAGAGGCGACUACUACAAGGUGCUGUCCCUGGAGCACUCGGCGGACGUGGGCGCGGAGGAGGUCAAGCGCGCGUACCGCCGGCUGGCGCUGCAGUACCACCCGGACGUGUGCCCGCCAUCGCGCCGGGCCGAGUCCACGGAGCUCUUCGUCGAGCUCCAGCGCGCCUACGAGACGCUGUCCGACCCUGCCACGAGGGUGCAGUACGACGCUCAGCUCAGGACGGGCCGGGCGUCGGCGAGGCCGCCGGCAGAUGGGUUCGCGAGGGACGUGUGGGAGGCGCAGCUGUCCGUGCUGCGGGCGAGGUCCGAACGGCGGCAGAAUGGCAGCAGGUGCAGCGGCCGCCGGUUCUAGAGUAGACUUUAACAGAGUGAACAUACCCCAGUCUGGCUGUGGUUUCAUUGAUUCUUUGACGGUGACAUACCCCAGUCUGGGGCGUUAAAACUUGUGUAUGCAUGUUUAUUUGGUGUAGGCUCGGAUACUAUGUACUGCUCGACUUGAUUGUAAGUUGUUGUACAUGCAAAAGUUGGCAUUAUAUUUGUCAAAUCAACGUAUAAUGUAACUUGUAGAGUACUAGAGUGAACAUACAACGCCCUAUCCACUA